CAAUAUGCCAGCCACAUCGAGUUGAGGGCCGGGGAGGCCGUGGUGCGCGGACGCGGGCGCGCGGCGGCGCGACGGUGCCCGGAGCAUGUGAUCGCGUAUACACGGCUCGCCGUCGGCGCCUCAUCGCAGCGGCUGCCUUCCUCUCCUCCGCCCGCGUACGCUGCCUCUGAUGCGCUCCAACAAGACCUCCGACAGACACAAGGCGCGCUCACACGCGGUGCGCUCCGCAUGGCCAGCUCCGCGAUAACACCUCCGUGUCCCCUGACAGCGGAACAGGCGGCCUCCCUCCGCAGACGCGUCCGACAGCGCUCCUCCGAUGCCCUGCACCCUCAGCCUCUCCGGUGCCCCCGCUGCUGAUUUCGACCGGCUCUGUGGCCCGCACGCCCCGUCUUCCGAGCGGUCGAGGAAGAUUUCGAGUGGCACAGGUACGGGGAACGCGUCGCGGGCGGAAGAACCGCGGAGACCCGUCGCUGCUUCUCACUCGCGCUCUUCCGUCGUUGCGCGCGACGGAGCGGGAGCCGGUGCGUUCUCAGUUCUUGGUUCUCAGCUUCGGGUGGCGGAUGUGCGGGGGGCGCCGCGGCGGACGCGCUGACAAAGGCGGGGGGCGCGGGGCAUAACCUCACCGGCGCAGAGCGAGGACGGAGGCGUCGCCAGUUUUUUUGCCUUUGGGAGAUUGUAUUGGACCCGACAUGACGUUGUAGUAAAAUAUGAUUUCCCGCAACGAAGGCC